AUGCUGUACGCCAAACACAACCCGAUUGAGGUUUAUAUCCAAUCAGUUGAGAAGGGCACGCGAUACAAAGAGUACCCACGCAAUGACAAUGGCAUCCUGAGCGACGACGAGAGUAGGGUUUGCUACAUCGAAGCAGUCGACGACGACCAGUAUUCCAUUGUGGUAGUCCUGCAACGCGGAUUCCGGUACCGUAGGGCACAGGGCAUCAAGAUCUCGUACAAGAUCGAUGACGUUACCUAUGUCAAUGAGUUUACGUACACCGCCGUCGACGACCAGUGCGAGCAAGCUACGUUCCGUUUCGGCAAGCUCGCCCUAGAUGAGGACAUUGAAGCUGACAAUAAAGAUUCUGCCAUUGGUAGGAUCAAGGUCACGGUUCGGCGCGGCAAAGAGGUGACGAAGCAGCUCAAGAGGCCUAGAACGCCGAAUACUACUGAAGUCCGUGGUCUUCCAGGCACAUCUUUCGAAGCGACCAUGUCUAAAUCGGUGUUCAAGCAGGGCAUCUCGCACUCUACGAGAUUGGUGGGUACUGGUAAGCGACACUUGAGGAGGACAAGCAUGUCGAGUACAUCGACGAGGUUCGUGCCGCUUGGGCGCACACAUGGUCGGGAAUUUGUGUUCGAGUUCUACUACAGAUCACGAAUGACUCUGCAGCAUCUGGGAAAGAUCCCAUUCACUCCGAUAAUUGAACCUCAGCAGGACACCGUGUCAUCCGAUUCGGUUGGAAACACCGAAGCACAGACUGCGGCAGCCGCUCAAGCAGGCGACAUGACUGACGGCGGGUUGGUCAGCCAUAGCAGACAACAGCUUCCGAGCCUCAAGCGCGAGCCACUUCCAGAUUUUUCAAGUACCCAACCAGCUGCUCCAACAGUCGCUCAGACAGGCGAUACGGCUGACGGCAGAUCGGCCGGAGAUGGCGGACAGCAGCCUUCGAGCGUCAAGCGCGAACUCAGUCCAACCUCCCCGAAUGCACCACCUGCGGCUCCGCCAGCGAAGCGGAUCAAGACUGUCGAUCUUACGUUAGUCGACUCUCCUCCGCUAUCCGUUCAACAAACGAAACCGGACACGAAGCGGGAAACGCCACUUGUUCCCUUGAGAAGCAUACCCACCCUCGACUUGACCGCUGAAGAACAUGUCAAUGCGCCGGUCAUCAAGAACGAGUCAGGUGGCCAUGCUGGCGGCGCCGGAGCUGCGUCUGGGACAGAUGCUCAUGAUGAUAUGGAUGAGGAGGCUCUGAGGCUGAAACUGGAGGAGAUUCAAGCUCGGCUGAAACUGGAGGAGAUCCAAGUUCGGCUGAGGCUGAAGCAGAUUGAAAAGUCCAAGGCGAGACCGCAGCUCUAG